CUUCAAUUACAGCGACUUACAUUCCAACCCAAAUACAAUGACCCUCUGUGGGAAGUUGGAAGCUGAUAUAGGAAUCAAAUCUCCAGCCUCAAAGUUUCAUCAACUGAUCCACAGGAGACCACACCACAUUUCCAAUGCUUCUGGGGACAAAGUACAAGGUUGUGAGUUGCACAAGGGUGAUUGGGGAGUUGGAUCUAUCGUCUGUUGGAACUUCUUCCAUGAUGGAAAGGCUAAAGUGGGAAAGGAUAUGAUUGAAGCUGUAGACGAGGAAACGAAUUCAAUCACUUUUAGAGUGAUAGAAGGAGACCUUUUGGAGCAUUAUAAAAGCUUCAAGUAUACGAUCCAAGCUAUUCCAAAAGCUAAGGGAUGUGUGGUUCACUGGACUAUGGAAUAUGAGAAACUUCAUGAGGACAUUCCAGAUUCAUGUUCCUUGCUUGAGCUUUGUGUCGGCAUAUCCAAAGACAUUGAUGCUCAUCUUAUGAAAGGGAAUUAAGAAGCACACUGUGGAGUAUUGGAGUUUACUAUGUUAUGUACCAAGUUUAUUAUGUUUAAAUAAAUGUUUGUGUGAUGUGUCCUCUUUGUGCAUGUUCUAAGUAAUAAUCAUGCCUUGGAGAAUAAAGAAACAGAAAAGUAUUUGGGACAAUGUAAAUCUACACUAUAGUGCGGGAAUGGAAUUACUAAAAUUCUAAGUCUCCAAAUCUAUUUUAGAAUUGAAAAUGGAAAGAUCCCCAUCGAUCCUAUUUAUUA